AGAUUGUGACAAUGUCUGGAAGAGGAAAGGGCAGUGGGGGCAAAGCUCGCAAUAAGGCCAGGUCUCGGUCAUCCCGGGCUGGCCUGCAGUUCCCGGUGGGCCGUGUUCACAGGCUCCUGAGAAAGGGCAACUAUGCUGAGCGGGUGGGGGCCGGAGCGCCGGUCUAUCUGGCUGCGGUGCUGGAGUAUCUGGCGGCUGAAGUGCUCGAGUUGGCCGGGAACGCGGCCCGGGACAACAAGAAGACCCGCAUCAUCCCCAGGCACCUGCAGCUGGCCGUGCGCAACGACGAGGAGCUCAACAAGCUGCUGGGAGGGGUGACCAUCGCUCAGGGCGGGGUGCUGCCUAAUAUCCAGGCCGUGCUGCUGCCCAAGAAAUCCGCCGCUGCUGGGGCCGCGAAAAAGUGAAGGCACCGUUCUUGAAUCUGACAACCCAAAGGCUCUUUUAAGAGCCACCCACAGCAUCUGGGAAAGAGAGGAGACCCUGCCAGCUAGCCGAUUAAUGUUGCCUUUUAAUGUGAAGAGUCCAGGAUUUGGUCAUUGAUCGUGAAUCAUGCUUAUAAUCGCGAAAAGAAAUUAUUUUUAUUUCAAUACGGAGAGGCCCGUACACUGAUCCCGGUAUCGGUUAUUUUCUGUCUCGGUGUUGGAGACUGUAUUGUCACUGUGGGAGCAGAGAGAGUUUAUCAUCAAAUGUAACUGUGACAGUUUCUGGAAAUGCAUUAUUUCUCAGUGCA